CAUUUUUCAAAGGUGUAUAAAAACUCAGUUCAAUCUUUGAGAGACUACUUACAAGUUUUAACAUUCUUUUAAUAAUUUGUUGAAUAACAAUUUAAGAAAAUCAAAAAUGAUGAGCUGCAAGAUUUUCGGACUCUUCGUGUUCAUUGCGACAAUUUUGAUAAUGGCACCAACAACCUUGGCCCAGUGUAUUGCCAACAGGAACGGUUGUCAACCUGACGGAAGUCAAGGAAGAUGUUGCUCUGGUUUUUGCUACAAGGAACCAGGAUGGGUCGCUGGAUAUUGCACAUAAUUUGAAUUCGAACUUUAAAAAAAAUCCUUCUUCAAAAUUGUAUUUUUCAAAAUUGUAACAUUCGUUUUUAGUCUCGUGUGGUAUUUUUUAAAAGUACCAUUCCUUGUCUAAAUUUAAAUUUCAAACUGUAUUUUAAAUAAUUUAAAGAUGUAAUCAAGUGUUGGUUAAAAAUAAAUUGCUGUUUCAAAUGAUUUAAAAUGAAAA